AAAGCUAGCAGAGGCCUGCUCCUCCCAUGUACCUGCCAGGACAAAAGAGGUUUAACCAAUCAGGGAGCUCCGCAGUCCCCCAUGGAAACAAGGGAGGAGGGAGGGCAGACGGGAGCGGCACAAUCUCGCUGGAUUCGCUCAGGCAUGCAGUUCAGGUUACAAGAGGAUGAAAAAAUGGGCUCUGUGCCCAGCCUGCUGUUUUCAGUCUGCUUGCUUUUGUCCAUCACCCUAAGUUCCACAGCCCUUCCAGCUCUACCCGCCAGCAGCACUCCCAAAAACAGCACUGAAAUAGGGGGGAGCAGCACUGCACCCACAGCAGUCCCCACAAGCUUGGGUCAGAGCAGCACCGUCACCAUGGAGAUAUCGACAAGCUCCACCCAGCCCAGCACCACCACAACCGAGGCAUCCCCAAGCCUUUCACAGAGUAGCACCAUCGACACGAGCCUUUCUCCAAGCCCCACCCAGGAAAACUCCACUGACUUGACAACAACCCCGCUGCCCUCGACAACAGACCUGAACCAAACCACUGGAUGGAAUACAACAGAACAUUCCCCAACCAAUCAGACGCAGCCAACCCCGCUCCACUCCUCAACAUCAGUGGCAACCAGCCAAAGUGCUCAGACCACUGUCACAACCAUGAGCAUAUCGACCCCCACAGAGACCAUUAAUACCACGGCAACUGUCAAAACACAAGAACCACAGCUUGGACUGUCCGAUUCUGAAGCGUCCAUGACCAUCCUCUUUGGAGUGGUACUGGGGCUGACUGUCCUCAUCAUAGCCGGGUACAGCAUUCACAGAUGCAAGCAGAAGAGAUCGCAGUACAUACAUCAGCCUCUCUACAACAGCUCGGAGACAGUGGACAGAUUUUCGCCACCAGACGACACCCUGGUUAUAUCUGGGGGACUCUACGACGGACCGGAGACCUCUAACUCCGCGGCGGAGGACGCGGGAUUGCACUUGGACCCGCCCCCGUUCGCGCCCCAGGCCACGCAGUUCAGGCUGGAGUUCCUGUCCGAGGACCAGCAGAAGCCCCCGGACCGUGGAGCGCCCACCUUCCAGAGCUUCCAGCCCUUCGAUGCCAGAGACUGAAGCGCACGGGGUCACCUGAUCACGCCUGAUCACACGUGCCAUUGCUCCUUUCAUAGACAUUGCUCCAGGUUUAUUCAAAGCGUCAUAACAUUCCAAUCCCACGGGCUCUUCGGGCUGCUUGAAGUUUUUUGAAGUAAAUUUAAGCAUUGUAACUGAUGAUUUCCCUCAUCUAAAAUGGAAAAGCUAAUUUCAUGGGACCAAGUCUUAGAAAAUAGCAGCAGUGUAAUGUAAUGGGUAAGGAGCUGGUCUUGCAAAACUAAAACAGGUUUGAUUCCCAGGUGGGACACUGCUGUUGUACGCGAGAGCAAGGUACUUAACCAGCUUCAGUAUAAAUCCAGCUGUAUAAAUAGAUAAAUGUAAAUGCUGCAUAAAAUGUUGCGUAAGUCACUCUGGAUAAGAGCGUCUGCUAAAUGCCUGUAAUGUAACAAUCAUUUUUCAUGUUUCUGUGUUCGAUAAGUUAUUUUUUGUUUUUGUGACUGGAUUUUGACCUUCAGGCACUCAAACGUCCCUUGGUGGAAUCGCUGCAUGAAAAAUGGCAUUACUAACAGUACAGGAAAGGCAUCUGGAGAUCCACUGCUUUACUGAGUCCCAGCUGAGUAUUCUCAUUUCCAGCUACAAAGAAUUUCAUAAGGGAAAUGAGUUUUCAUAAUCAUGUUUCAGAGAUGGAUGGCUAAAUUAACCAUUGCUGAGGAAGAGAUUUAAUUGCAUAUCCUUUCACAUUUAACUAUAGCCUAACAGAUAACUUCCGGUAGUCUUCCCUCCAUGGGAAAAUCUUGCUGUUGAAUAUUAGUAAUGGAGGCAGGUGACCCAAGCAAACUGCAUCCCCACAGUUCCUUCACCACUGUCUCUGCAACGCUCACAUUUGCAGUAAAAUAGCUUAGCACAUCUGUAGCACCCUUUUGACAAAGCUUUACCGUAGAAAUAAACAGAAAAAAUAUUCUUUUUGGAAGAUAACAUUCGUUUUUGCAAUAUGAAAGCUGGAAAAAAAGGCUCUCUCAUCGCAGAUUGAAUAGACUGGGACCAGAUGCUGAUAACAGGUUUUACACAGAGAAAACGCUAAUGGCAAAUGGAAUUAUAGACACAGUAUUGUCUGGGGCAUUGCUAAUUGAUGCCAUGCUUUCUGAAUAGCUCUUGACAGCAAUCACACUCUGCCAGCAGCCCUGCUGGAAUACGAUGCUGUGCUGCCACUCGAGUGAUUUAUGAAUGAUUCAAAUACUCGAACUGGAGAGGGAUCUCUCUACAGCAAACAGGACUCUUUGUCUUCCAAAUUUGCUGUACAGUACCUACAGAGGCUUCCUAGAGCAAAUUUCUUGUUGAGGGCCAAAAUUUAGAGCGUUGUCAUGGCAUCCGCUUUCACUGUCAGAAGGAGUUAAUCCGUUAGUCUAUUGGCUUAUUUUACAGGGACCUGCACAAUAUAGUAAUUGCACCAGAGUUAGCUAAGUAGCUCAUUUACACCUGCAGUGCCUGGGCAGGAUCACAUUAAAAAUAUUACACCAGUGGGC